GCUACCCAGUUUAAGAACAAGAAGAAUCAUCGAAACGUUUAGCCAUAGUAAAUUAGCAAGCAAUUGCUCAAAGAAAGAAGUUUACGUAUGUAAUAAAUACUCUAUCCUUUUAUAAACUGUUUGAAAAGCUUUUAUAACAAAUAUAGGCAUCAUGGCGGAGGUUGAACGUUCGAGAAUACGAAGUGUUGUCCAGCCCGUAACACAUUCGAACUCACCCAGCACUGGAGCGGCGAGAUCAAGGUCUCGAUCAAGAUCGCCAUAUGAGAGGAAAAAGAGAAGUAGAGAAGACAAAGAAAACAGACAGAAGAGUGAUGAUGAUAAGGAUGAUGAUGACAAGGAAUAUCGUAGAAGAACACGGCAAAGUGAUAGUGAUGGCGAUAGAAAGUCUUAUAGGAGAAAAGAAAGAAGUAAAUAUGAUUCUGAAAGGCGCCGGGAUCAAGAGAGACAUGGAAGGAGAAGACAUGGAAGUGAAGAUGAUGGGGAUUAUGAUAAAGGAGUUGAUGAUCGGAGGCAAAGAAGAGAACAUAGACCUGAAAGAAGAAGAUGGGAUACAGCGUCAGAUGAUGAGAGACAUGACAACCGCAGCCACGAAGAAAGACUGGAGAAAGAUGAUGCACAGGACAGCAACAAAAGAAUAGAAACAGCUGGAGCAGAAGAGAAUAGUGAAAAGACAGAUGAGCGUGCUAAGAAAAAGGCAAACCCCAAUAACCCACUUCUUUCAAGAACAGGAGGUGCGUACAUUCCGCCAGCAAGACUCAAGAUGAUGCAAGAAAGUAUUGAGGAUAAGAGCAGUGAAGCCUAUCAGCGUCUCAGUUGGGAAGCUUUGAAGAAAAGUAUAAAUGGUCUUGUCAACAAGGUCAAUAUAUCAAAUAUUGGCAAUAUCGUAAGAGAGCUUUUCCAGGAAAACAUUGUUAGAGGAAGAGGAGUGCUGUGUCAGUCAAUCAUGCGAGCCCAGGUGGCGUCACCAACGUUCACACAUGUCUAUGCUGCACUUGUGGCCAUUCUGAACACAAAGUUUCCCAAAAAUGGAGAACUUCUUCUGCGUCGGCUUGUACUGCAGUUCAGACGAGCAUACAGAAGAAAUGAUAAGACUCUGUGUUUGUCCUCCACAAGGUUCAUUGCCCACUUGGUCAAUCAACAAGUAGCCCAUGAGAUUUUAGCAUUAGAAAUUCUGACACUGCUUAUACACAAACCCACAGAUGAUAGUGUGGAGGUUGCGAUUGGGUUCUUGAAGGAAGUAGGAAUGAAACUGACUGAAUUAUCUUCAAGAGGUGUUCAUGGUGUAUUUGAAAGGCUUCGAAACAUUCUCCACAGUGCUGAAAUCGACAAGCGAGUCCAGUACAUGAUUGAAGUCAUGUUUGCAAUAAGAAAGGACGGAUUUAAGGAUCAUGCUGCAGUUCCUGAAGGACUUGACCUUGUGGAAGAAGAAGAUCAAAUAACCCAUUUACUGCGGUUGGAGGAAACAUCAAACUCGGAAGACAUUCUAAAUGUCUUCAAGUUUGACCCAAAUUUCUUGGAAAAUGAAGAGAAAUACAAGGAAAUCAAAAGAGAUAUUCUAGGUGAAGGUGAUUCAGAUGAGUCUUCAGGUGAUGAUGAUGACGACGAUGAAGAUGAUGAUGAUGAUGAAGAAGGAGAAAACAAAGAUGAACAGAAAAUGGAGAUCAUUGAUCAUACCGAAACAAACCUUGUAGCUUUACGGCGAACAAUAUAUCUGACUAUACAGUCCAGUUUGGACUUUGAAGAAUGUGCGCACAAACUUUUAAAGAUGCAAAUCAAACCAGAACAAAUGUCGGAGUUUUGUACAAUGAUUAUAGAUUGCUGUUCUCAGCAAAGAUCUUAUGAGAAGUUCUUUGGUCUGUUGGCUCAGAGAUUCUGUCAGAUCAAUAAAGCAUACAUGGACGAGUACAUCAAGGCAUUUCAAGAACAAUACGAAUCAAUCCAUCGCCUUGAAACAAACAAAUUGAGGAAUGUAGCCAAGUUCUUUGCUCAUCUUCUGUUCACGGAUGCCAUUCCCUGGACGGUUCUGGCUUGUAUCAAACUGAAUGAAGACGACACGACUUCCUCCAGCCGUGUUUUCAUCAAAAUCUUGUUCCAAGAGCUAGCGGAGUACAUGGGUCUUCCUAAACUUAAUGAACGGCUUAAAGAUCCAUUCCUAGCAGAGUAUUUUGAAGGGAUUUUCCCGCGAGAUAAUCCACGAAAUACACGGUUUUCCAUCAACUUCUUCACCUCUAUUGGACUGGGUGGUGUCACGGAUGAACUGAGAGAGCAUCUGAAAAACGCUCCAAAAAUGAUCAUGUCGCAGAAGAGGGCUGGGGCGAGUGACGGUGACUCGGAUUCUUCCAAUGACAGCAGCAGCAGUAGUGAAGAUAGCUCAAGUUCGGAAGAAUCAUCCUCGGAAUCCUCGGAGUCUUCCCAAGAGUCGUCGGACGAUGAUCGGAAGAAACGGCACAAAAAGAAGCAAGCAGCUCCCAAGAGGAAAGAGAAAGAUACUAGAAAGCACAAGAAAAGACGAUAAACUUGAAAUUCCAUAAAAAUAUGAUUACUUUGCAAGUUUGCCAUCAAGAGUUGACGGUGUUAUUACAAAUCUGUGACACAGACGUCUCCCUUUUCACCUCAUUGUCAUUUGUCUUGUUGAUCAAGAAAAUGAGUGUUAAAAGUUCCAAUAAGAGACACUACAAAACGAAUGGAAAAGUUAUGGAGCGAGUGAAUAGUAUGAUGAAGAAGGCACAGAAGUGUCCCUUUGUCUUCCGUCAUCGUUGUCUAAGUUCGAAAAGACCGCGGCGUUGACGCAAAUAGAAGCAAAGGAUCGACUUCGUGACUUGCCCUACGACUCUCAAGGUUGUCGAAUAGAGGACGACGCGACGGGGGGAAAGGGG